CCCUCUUUCCCCCCCUCCCCCUCUGAAUCAGUACUCCAAAAACCUCGGUGCCGAGGACCCGCAGUUCGCUACGGCCCUAUCCAUAACCCUAAAUGGCGUCGACGUCAGUAUCUCGGACCGACGGCGUUACUGGAAGAGUCAGACGCGCGUCUGCCAAUCUUUACGCCGACAACCAAGCGCUUGUCGCUGAGAUAAGGAAAGCUUUGAAUUUGAUGAAGAACAUUGCUGUAGACUUGGAGAAUGAUAAUCAAUCUGACAUGGUGAAGCAGCUAGAAAAUGCUGUUGUUGAGCUGAUAGAAACUCAUGAAAACUGUCUACAUCGUUCAUCAGCCAUUCAAUCUGUUGGAGAAGCAUACCAACCAGGGCCUGAGUUAACUGAUUUUAAGGAGUUGCUUGACACGGAGUUUGAAAAGUUCAAGACUAGUUCAUCUUCAUGUCCGCAGAAUCAUCCACUGAUGCAUCAGUUUCAACAGGCUGUCUGGAAUGUUCAUCAUGCUGGACAGCCAAUGCCAGGUGAAGAGCAGGAGGAUAUUGUCAUGACCAGUACGGGGAGCAAUAUUAAGAAUCUUAAAUGUCCGAUUACCGGAAAGAAUAUUACUGAACUAACAGAACCAGUUCGCAGCUUGGACUGCAAGCACAUUUACGACAAGAAUGCUAUCCUGAACUUCAUAAAAUCCAAUAACGGCAAUGUCAAAUGCCCUGAAUCAGCUUGCCCUAAGAUGCUGCAGGCAAAAAGAGUCGUUUGCGAUCCAUUGUUACUCUUUGAGAUAGACGAGCUGCGCACAUCAAGUAGACAGACUGCUAGGAUCGAUGUGAUAGAAGAUUUUACGGAAACGGAUCCUCAAGGAGAAGAGAGUCCAUGAUGGGAUCAGUUGUGCAUUCCUCAUUUUGACUGGCUCGAUUUUGAAUCACCGUGGCCUUUCCUAGCUGAUUAGAGCCCCUGAUUUAUAUAGCCUUAAUGCAGAUAAUUAGAAGUGUUAUGUAUGCAAACUAUGGAGACAAGUGAGAAAAAUGCAGGAA